CAUGGCAGUGUUUUGAGUUGAGGUCGUGGAUCAGGUCUCAUAUGUUUCCUAUCCGAUUGUGCAUUGCAGACGCGAAGGAGGACUGGAACCUAAUUGGCUGCCUUCAAUAUGACGUGCAGGAGGUGCCCUAGCUCAUAUGCCUCAACGUGGUUUGGAUAAAAGCACUGGAGGGAGUUGCUAAGAGACGGAAUGCCCUGAUCUUGGGCUACCGGCAUCGUACUGGUGCCACCGUCACGUGGGUCAUCCCUUCACCACGCCGUUCAUUGUGUAAUUGACCCCCAGCUACGCUCAAUUCGUGCUGGUGCCGAUGAGUAUAAUGCGUCCAAGCUUCGCCCUAACACUCCUCGUGGUCGUCUUCGUGGCAUGUCAUAGCGUCUCCGCGGAACCUGCUGCCGUCACCCAGAUUGACCGCCUGGACACCUCUGUCAGGAUUCUCAAUGGUGUCUCAAGUCGCCGCUAUCUCAAGGGACGACAGACAACCACUAGUACUGACGACGAAGAAAGGUUAUUGAGCGGCGUAUUACAGAAAAUGCCAGGUCUCAACAAAAUCAAGGCUGCGUUCCAGAAGAACCCAAGCUUCGCCAAGAAUCUGGAGAAGUUUCGACUGAAGCGUCAGCGUUUGGAUGAAUUCUUCAAAGAGAACCCAGUUAUUAAGAAGGAGAUCAUCGUCGCAACGGUGCUUUUGACGCUCAUAUUCAGUGUGCCGGUUGUAGUCAAUGCAUUUUAUCCGGCGUAGAGAAAACAAGAGCAGGUCUAAUAAGUAUAAAACUCCCUCAUCGUGUGUUGGAUCUGGAAA